CCUGUCUCUCCUCGUUCACUCACUGACUCACUCACUCCGGCUGCCACUUCCCUAUAUAAACAACACAACUCACACUUCAGUAUAUACUAAUUAAAAGAAAACCUUCACAUUCAUAUCUUUAUUUCAAACUCAUAUAUUCUCCACCAUUUUCAAAAACCACUCCAAGAAAUGGGUUUUGGUUUUUGGGGCAGAGUUAUUUUAUCUCUGUUUCUUCUUCUUCAAGCUUCAAGUUCAUGGUUGCCAUUUCUGCAGCAAGCAGAAGCUGCAGUAACUGCACAACCCAACAAAAGAAGCAUGUUGAAAGGAAGAAAACAAGCAAAUGGUUGUAAUUUAUUUCAAGGAAGAUGGGUAAUAGACCCAUCUUUCCCUCUUUACAAUUCAUCUUCAUGCCCUUUCAUAGAUUCUGAAUUUGACUGCCAAAAAUAUGGCCGACCCGAUUCCCUUUACCUCAAAUACUCUUGGCGACCCGACUCAUGUAACCUUCCAAGAUUUGAUGGGGUGGAUGUUUUGAAGAGAUGGAGUGGGAAAAAGAUAAUGUUUGUGGGUGACUCACUGAGUUUGAAUAUGUGGGAAUCGCUGUCGUGUAUGCUACAUGCGUCGGUGCCUGAUGCCAAAACAAGCUUCCUCAGAAGAGACUCUAUCUCCUCUGUCGUCUUUCAGGACUAUGGAGUGACAUUGCUUCUAUAUCGAACACCGUAUCUUGUGGACAUAGUGAGAGAGGACGUUGGUCGAGUCCUAAAACUAGACUCCAUCGAGGCUGGAAAGGCGUGGCUAGGGAUGGACGUUUUGGUUUUCAACUCUUGGCAUUGGUGGACGCAUAAAGGAGACUCUCAAGCGUGGGAUUUGAUACAAGACGGGGCAACACGGUAUCAAGACAUGGACCGUUUGGUAGCAUUUUACAAGGGAUUGACGACAUGGGGCAGAUGGGUUGACCUUAAUGUUGAUCCUACAAAAACAAAGGUCUUCUUCCAAGGAAUCUCACCUACCCACUAUUUGGGAAAGGAAUGGAAUCAGCCAAAAAGGAACUGCAAUGGAGAGAGUGAGCCGUUGGCUGGAUCAAUGUACCCAGGAGGAGCACCACCAGCAGCAGAUGUUGUAAAUAGAGUAUUGAGUAGAAUAAAAGUACCUGUUUACUUGCUUGACAUCACCACGCUCUCUCAACUACGAAAAGAUGCCCAUCCCGCCGGUUAUAACGGAGAGCAUUCUGGGACAGAUUGCAGUCACUGGUGCCUUCCUGGAUUGCCAGAUACAUGGAAUCAGCUCAUGUAUGCUGCUCUCUUGACCAUGUGAAGAUUCAAAUAAACUUUCUGAGUUUUCUGUCAAAAUUUCAGAGACAACUCUUUUUUUCUUUCUUCUUUACAAAAGAAAAUAAGGAACCGAACAGGUAACGAUUGUAUUAUUGGAUACUCAUUGGAUGGUACAGAGAAUAGGAGCAACAAAAUGGAUAUAAUUGAAUUUUACAGGUUUAGGAAUGAACUUCUGGUUUAUUCAUUCAACAGUCUUGUACCCAUUUAAUUUUACAUUUUGAUUUGAUGGAUAGUGCUGUAAUCUUUUUUCUCAGUGAGGCAAAUUGCCAAAUAAUUUGGUUUUCAUGAAUUUAUUUGUGUGAAAUCAGCGGUCUUUGUUUGAUGUUGUAA